ACAUACCUUUUACUAUGCUUUUCACUUUUUGCUUUUCUGUUGGAAUUUAUGUUUCACUAAAAAUAUAUUAUAGCUCCAUCAUGUAUUUAUCUGACUAAAUUCCACUUUGGAUCUUCUUUCUUAUUGCAGCUCAAAGGAUGAGACUUAUGAAAGAGGUUCGAGGCAGAAAUCAAACAGAAGUGACAGAAUUUCUCCUCUUAGGACUUUCCAACAAUCCAGAUCUACAAGGGGUCCUCUUUGCAUUAUUUCUGUUAAUCUAUAUGGCAACCAUGGUGGGCAAUUUGGGGAUGAUUGUAUUGAUUAAGAUUGAUCUCUGUCUCCACACCCCCAUGUACUUCUUUCUCAGUAGCCUCUCUUUUGUGGAUGCCUCUUACUCUUCUUCCGUCACUCCCAAGAUGCUGGUGAACCUCAUGGCUGAGAAUAAGGCCAUUUCUUUUCAUGAAUGUGCUGCCCAGUUCUACUUCUUUGGCUCCUUCCUGGGGACUGAGUGCUUCCUGUUGGCGAUGAUGGCAUACGACCGCUACGCAGCCAUUUGGAAUCCCCUGCUCUACGCAGUACUCAUGUCUGGGAGAAUUUGCUUUUGGCUAAUAGCUACCUCCUUCCUAGCAGGUUUUGGAAAUGCAGCCAUACACACAGGGAUGACUUUUAGAUUGUCCUUUUGUGGCUCUAAUAGGAUCAACCAUUUCUCCUGUGAUACCCCACCGCUGCUCAAACUCUCUUGCUCUGAUACCCAUGUCAAUGGCAUUGUGAUCAUGGCUUUCUCAAGUUUUAAUGUCAUCUGCUGUGUUAUGAUUGUCCUCAUUUCCUACCUGUGUAUCUUCAUUGCCAUCUUGAAGAUGCCUUCGUUAGAGGGCAGGCACAAAGCCUUCUCCACCUGUGCCUCUCACCUCAUGGCUGUCACUACAUUCUUUGGAACAAUCCUCUUCAUGUACUUGCGCCCUACAUCUAGCUACUCAAUGGAGCAGGACAAGGUUGUCUUUUAUACAGUAAUAAUCCCUAAGGAUUAUUACUUAUAAUCUAUAUUUUAAACUAUAGAUGAGAUGCUAAAUCCCCUCAUCUAUAGUUUAAAAAAUAAGGAUGUAAAAAACGCCCUAAAGAAGAUCUUACAGAAACACAUCUUGUAAAGCCAUGUCACGCAUCAUUUGUUAUGAAGAAGAGAACACAUUUUCAUGUUAAUUGUAUUCUCUGAUUGUUUAAGCUGUUUCUCUGUGUUAAAGUAGAUAAUUUAAGAUGAAGUAUACUUUUUAAUACCCUAGUAUCAUAUAUAUAUAUACACACACACACAGAGACUCCAUCUCAAAAAUAAAUAAGUAAAUAAAUAAAUAAAUAAAAUAUUCGUUAGAGACCACAAAGGAAGAACUAUUUCCUCCUAACCACCUGAAGAGCCCUCUCAUGUCAUAUCCCAAUAACUUCCACUUUCAAUUGUUAACUAAGGUUUCUCUCAAACACAUCCGAAACUGUAUCAGAACUUGCAUUCUCCUUCAUAUUUAUUUUUAUUCUGGUUCAUCUGCUAUCAUAUUUAUCCCUUAAUUUUUCUCUUAAAUCACCGCUCUAAGGACAUUUGUACUUUAUCAUUAUUCAUCACUGUCUUAUGUCUGCAUUUCACUCAUUGCCCAGUUGAGAUUCCACAGUCUAUCACAUAAUGAUGCGCUAUCAGUUAUGUUCAAUUCCAUGGUUCCACCCUCCCUCCACUUUGCUCAUCUGUCUAAAUACCCAUUUAAUUAAAUUUAGUUGUUUCUUCUAUGUGUCCCCCAUUUAAACUGCUUAAUACAAUUAGAAUUCAUCAUCACUUUACUCUGUGUUACUGAACUUUCCUCAUACUUCGUCCUGCGGGCGGAGGGCGGCAGGGGGGGAAGAUAUGAUCAUCCUCACCUUACCACCUCUAAAUCUUUAUAAAUGCUCUCUUUCUCCCUUCACGUCAUUAUGGAUAAUGUAUCUCUGCUUCUACCUAAGACCAGCUCUUUCAUGUCUUUGGAGUUUUCCACGGAUUUUACUUCUGAAAUUAUACCUCUACUCUCCCCAAGCAUUAGUAUCUCAAACUCUAUCAUAAUAUCCUCAUUUAUAUACAAAUAUUUUCUAGUGCCACCUUCUUCACAGUGUCCUUGACAGUAAGUCCCAUCCAGUCACCAACUUAUUAAUUUAUCCCUACUCCCUUCUAUAAUUAAUCUUUCCAAAAGAACUACCUCUACUCAUUGCCCUGACUUCCUCCUAUCUUAUUAACACUAUAUCAUGGUCCAGUUGUAUUUCUGUAACAUAUAUCCAUUGAGCCUAAUCUUAUCGAGGACACAUGACAACUCAAUGCUACUUUAUCCAAAGAUCACUUCUCUGUCUCACUUUUACUUGAUAUCUCAGGAUUUGUGGCAAUUAAUUCCUCCACCUGCCUUGAUAUACCCCUAUAUAGGUUUCUAUAUCACCUCACUCUUCUGUUUUUCCUUCUUUCACUCCUACCUCUUCCCAGUGAGCAUUUGUCUUUUUUCCUCCAUCUCAUGCUGACCUUUAUAUCUUGGAGCAAAAGUCAUAGUUUUGACGUUUGGUUCUCAGCCUGCACUUAAUUCUUGGGUGACCUAAGGACUGUGCCAUGAUUCCAAAACCUGUAUCUCUAGCCUUGAUCUCUCACCCAAGUUCUGAAUUCAUGUAUUUAAUUAACAACCUGGCAUGUAGGGACUUUGGAUACAUUAAAGGAUUAAGAAAUUAGUUUUCUCUUCUUGGUUAUGAUAGUCAGACAUAUGUAAAACAAUCCCACCUUUUGUACUACUAGACGAGACUAUACCUGCAAAUCAUACUUAUGUCUUUGGACUUAAACUUAUCUCAAUAUUAAGUCACAGAUUGUAUUUUCUAUUAGGUUGCUGCAAAAGUAGUUGCAGUUUUUUGCAAUACUUAAAAAAAUAGCAAAAACCAUAAUAUUUUUGUACCAACUUACUAUUGUAUUUCUUUAGUUUGUGCUGGAGCAAGAAAAUUGGCAACUUUUAUACCUUUACUCAUAAUCCAUUAAAUAUUUGUUGAAUAACUUGCAUGUAACUUAUACUGGAGAUAUAACAGGUAAGAAAACCAAGUUUCUUAUCUCAAUAAACUUAUAUUUAAGUGAGAGAGAUUGUAUUGUCUCUGUCAAAUGUAUUAUGCAUGUGCGAAUGUGUGUGUGCAUUUCACAUAAACAUAAAUGGCGUUUUGAAGAAAAACAAAGCGGGCAAUAAAAUGAAGUGAGAAAACAGCUCUCUGUUGAAGAACAUCUGAGCAAUGCCUGGAUAGGGAUGAUACCAUGUGAAUGUCUGUGGAACAGCUUUCUGUGUACACAUGCAUUACACACAAAGGCUCCAAGGCAAGAUCCUUUUUGGUUUCUCAAAAGAAUUGCAAAGAGACAAAUAUACAAAUAUAUGUGAACCAAAGAGAGAAAACUAAAGGAGGUAAAGAACAGCAAUCAGGAAGAUUCUGAGAAAGGAAGGCAGAUCACAUAAGGCAUAGUAGCUCAUAAAGAGGUUUUGUGUUUUAGUUUUUCAAAUUACUUUUUAAUAGUUGUCUCCUACCAAUGCCACAUGGUAAGAUGCAAGAGGGAAUGGGCAAGAUUAAUUUUCUUGGCUAUUUUAGUAGUACCAAGAGUGGUGUCUGCUUCAUGAAACAAACUUAUUAAUAUUUUUUGAGUGAAUAAAGAAGUUUAUGAAAUGAAAGCCAUAUUCUAGUAGAAAUGAAUAAGAAUUGUAUUUUAAGUGGAAUUCUGAGGGUUGGAGGCAGGAUCUGAUCAAUCCUAUAGAUUUAAUUCAAUGCUGUGUUCAGUGGAGCCUCUGGAUCAUGAAAUACUUUUUGUUCUUCUCUAAAUUCCUAAGAUACUCUUUCAGGUAUAAAUGAUGCACUGGGGAAAAAUUUGUUCAAUUACCUCAGUGAAGAAUGAGUUCACUUUUUAAUUAUGGAUUGGCAUAUUUCAGACUUUAGACUUUUUAGUGUUUAACAGAGACUAAUCUCCAGAGAAUGAUCACAGCCUUAAUAAGACUUGAUCUUGGGCCUUGGAUUCAAAAGCAGUGCAUUUUAUCCUUUGUUGAAUUAAAGGAUAAAAUGCACUGCUGAAUUCUGCCAUAGUUGAUUCCCUUAUGUCACUUGCACGGUUUUUCAAAGCCAUAAAUCUGACUGUUGGAAACAGAAAACCUGUAUUCCUACAAAACAAAAGUAAAUUAAUAAGAACCACUAUUUUCAGUGAAUAUUACUUAAGGACAGAAGGUAAGAUCAUGUAAUUUAUCAUAACUUGUUCCAAUGUAGAAAGUUUCAAGAGGGCUUAAAAAAAUUUAAGAAAUUUGGAUUAAACAUCUUAAAUUAAAUAUGUCUGAAAUACAAAAUUUAAUAUUGUCAACUAAACUGUGAACAUAAAUUGUUUUAAAAUAGGGAGAUUUAGAAUCACUAGAAACAAUUUCAUAGAAUAUUCAACAUAUAUAUACCCAUACAUACAGGAAUGUGCGUAUACAUGUAUAUAUACACAAAUGUGUGUGAUGUAAAACUAUGAAAAUUUAAUUAAUGUUUUAUAUAAAGGGAGCCAAAACCCAAAGACAUAUUUAAUUCUCUAGGAAAAACCUUAAAUUGAAUACUUUUAUGCCAUUAAAUACAUAAAUUGAUAAACUGAUAACAAUUUUCAAGCUUUUUCUUGAAUUUUAGUUGCGCUUGCUCUGUGACAUCAAACAAGUUAAUAUUCCUUAGUUCAAAUUUAUGUUUAAUACAAGGAUAAUUCUAUCUUGAUUAAGUUUGUUGCAAUCCAUAUGUCCAUGAGAGAUGAUAUAUCCAAUGCUCUUUUGUAAUAAAUGGACUGUAAGCCACUCCACAUAUAUUUUUCUAAAUAUGAAUCUAAAUUAUGUACACAUGGUGGGAAAAGUUACAAAAGCUAAACAAGUUUCUUCCCUCAUAUAUAUUUAUAUGUAUGUGUGUGUGUUUAUACACAUAUAUAUAAAAAUAUGUACACACACACAUAUAACAUACCCAUACACUCAGAGGACCAUAUAUAUCAGAGAAAAUAUAGCUUUUACAUCACCUUAUACAUUUAUUACAUAUAUAAUGUGAUUGAUCAUAUGUAUGUACAUAUAUAUUUAUGCAAAAAUAAGAGACUUAAAGAAUGGCUGCAACUUUUUAAAGAGGUUAUAGAAUAGAAUUUUAGCUAUUUUAGAGAUAGGAGAAUCAGUUUAAAAGACUACUGUAACAAUGUAAGUAAAAGACGGCUUGGUAUUUAGUGGCAAUGAAAGUGGCAGAGAUAGCUGGCUUAGGAUACAAAUCUUUUAAAGGAAAAUCCAAUGGGAUAAUCUGAUUGACUGGCUAUCCAACAUGUAAGAAAGAGAAAAUACCAUUUAGCCAAUAUUUUUGUCUAUUUAUUUAAUUUUAUCUGUGCAAAUGAAAGCAUGGAGCUGUCAUUGACUUGAGAUGGGGAGUGCUAUGUUUGGAGCAAAUAAGAGGAGGAUAUGAGGAAUUCAGUUUUGGUCAUGUUAAGUUGCCGUUUCAUAGGCAUAUGGAGAUGUAAGCAGUUAAAUUAUAAGCCUGGAGUUUGGAAAAGAGGACAGGACUAGAGAUGUGGCUCAGAAGGUACAAGUACAUAGACAAUAUUUAAAACCAUCAGACAAUAAGAGCACCUGGGUAUAGUGGAAAUAGAGAAGGAGGAGGCUCUGAGACACUCCCACACAAAGAGGGAGAAGAGGAGGAACAAGGAACGGAGACAGAAGGAGCAAGCCAUGUAGCAGGAAGAAAAAACAGAGAGCUUGAUGUUCUGGAAGAGUAGAGAAAGAGGCGUUUUAGAGUGGUAGGUAAUUAAUUAUGUUAAUGUUAUUGACAUAUCUAGAAAAAUGAGGCCUGAGAAUUCACCAUUAGAUUUAGCAAUCAAGACCAAUGAUGUCUUGAACAAAAGCGAUUUCCAGGGAGUGAUGGAGUGAAAGGCCUGAAUAGCAUGGGCUAACAUGGCAAUGAGGUUGUCAUUUUUGCCUUUGCCAGUUUUAAUGAAUUGAGCUGUCUCCUACUGAUUCUUGUUUCCUGUCUCUACAUCCUUGCUGCUAUCUUGAGGAUCUACUCUGCAGAAGGGAUGCACAAGGCCUUCUCCACCUGUGCUUCCCACUUGACGGUGGUCACCAUCUUCUUUGGGACAAUCCUAUUCAUGUAUCUGCAUCCCAGUUCCAGCUACUCAAUGGAUCAAGACAAAGUGCUGUCUGUCUUUUACACAGUAGUCAUCCCCAUGUUGAAUCCUCUCAUCUACAGUUUGAGAAACAAGGAAGUCAAAGCUUCUUUAAGUAAAAUUUUUAGAGCAGUCUCUUAUGUCUCUACUUAGAAUCAUCAAACCAUGAGAUGUCAGGACUCUAAGGAAACUUACAAAUGACCAAAUCUACUUCCAUUUACCCUAACUCUAUUUCAUUCUGCCAUGAGGCUUUUUCCCAAUAGUUAGUUGGACUAACUGUUCAAAGCUCCUGGAGACUAUGGCCACUGUAUGUAAAUCCCACUUAUUCUACAUAACUUAAAUCUCAAAAAUAACCAACUACCACAGUUUAACAGACAAUGAGAAUGGGAGGGAACAGCUAUAUGAACACAGGAAUAUUAUUUAUGCCAUAUCCCUAGAACCUGGACAAAUGUUUGAAUCAUAGUAGCUGUAAAGUAACCAUUAGCGUAUGAAUUAAUGAUGUUACUUUGCCAACUCACAUCAGCUGGCAUUUCAUGGUAUCCAGAUCUCUUACCUUUCAGAUGUUAUCAGUAGAGACCAAGUUACUACAAAAAAUUCCAGCUACCAUGUGAAGAAUGUAUGGAAGGAAGUGCAAUUUGAGGUAGAGAGAUCAUUAGGGGCUUGUUUUAGUAACAAAACUGCUGUCACUGUCUUUUAUGGAAUGCUGUUUUGCAUGUGCUAAGGCCCCCUUCUGAGGCAUGUGUAGAACAGGGGAAAAUUGUAGCUGUUUUUUAUAUCUUUAUGAGUCCUAUGUUAAACCCAUUGAUCUACAGCCUGAGGAAUAAAGAUGUUAAAAGAAUAAUAAAGGAAGUUAUCCAAAAGAAACUGUUUGCCAAGUAAGGCAGAUAUUUUAGUUACAGGUUAUAUAAUACAUUCUUAUUAUCCUACCAAUGAAUGAGCAUUAUCAACUAACAAAUCACUUUCUGUCAUUGAUUGUUUUUUGUCUUUUGUAAUUUGCACAUGGGAAUUAAAAGUGUAUGCCAAAUUAUUAGCUAGAGUUGAUAGUGCCAUCUCAGUGAAUUUAAGAAAAAAUCAUAGAAAUUUAAAGAGAAGACUGUUAUGGCUUGUAAAAGUCAACAAAGAGCAGUGAUUCCUUAUUUAGUACUCAUACUGGUAGCAAACGAUAAAAGAGAGAAUGCUAAGGAAAUGACAGUCAUUACAUUUUUAUAGUACUUAAUAACUUCCAAACUAUCUUCGAGACACCUUUCAAACAUAGUAUAUGAGGUUUUCUCCUUUCUUUUAUAUGGAUAAUGUGACAAUAAAGACAUUGAAGUAUAUCUCAGAAUACUACUUUAAGAUAGUCUUAUAUUUUGAGCCAAUGAAAUCUUUUUUCAUGAAGCCUUUGAAGCAAUGCCAAAUUUCCUUUAGUAGGCUUUAUAAAUUUGUUUGCUUGCAUUGCCAGGAGGCAUUCACAUCAGUAUGUGGCCUCACUUCUCCACUCUGUCAUUACCAUUCUUAUUCUUGCCAUUGAAGCAGAUACUUUCAAGUGUGUCUUAAUAAAUUGAUUUUUAUGUUCUCAUAGGGGAAACAUGGGAAGUGUCCCAUGUGGGAUUACACAGUAAUUUGGGUGUUUAUAGUCUUAACGUUUUCAUGAAGCUUCGCAUGGGCCUCCAUUUCUCCAGAACGAUCAGAUGUAUUAGUUUUUUAUCCUUCACAGAAACACAUGCUUAGGCAGAUGAAUCAGUGCAGCAGCAUUUAGACACAUUUGUGAUUCAGGGAUAUAUGGCUCUGCAGCAGGAUGGUGUGAAUUUUGGGAUAAUGGCACAUAUUUAAAAGAGAACUACCUUUUGACCCAGCAAUCCCAUUACUGGGUAUAUACACAAAGGAAUAUAAAUCAUUCUACCAUAAAGACACAUGCAUGUGUGUGUUCAUCACAACAGUAUUCACAAUAGCAAAGACAUGUAAUCAACCUCAAUGCCCUUCAACAGUAGAUCAGAUACAAAAAAAAUGUGGUACAUGUAUCUUAUGGAAUGCUAUGCAGCUGUAAAAAAAAAAAAAUGAGAUUAUGUCCUUUGUAGCAACACGGAAGAAGCUGGAAGACAAUAUCCAAAGCAAACCAAUGCAGGAACAGGAAACCAUAUACUGCAUGUUCUCACUUACAUGUGGAAGCUAAACACUGAAUACACAUGGACACAAAAAAGGGAACAACAGACACUAGGGCCUACUUGAGGGUGAAGGGUGGGAGGAGGGUAAAAAUUGAAACUCUCUGCCUGUCGGGUACUAUGUUUACCAACUGGGUGAUGAAAUAACCUGUAUACCAAAACCCUGUGACACUUAAUUUACCUUUAUAUCAAAGCUACACAUGGACACCCAAAAUAAAAUUUAAAAAAAGAAAUCUGUCCCAAGGAGAUGGUUUUCUCUUAAUGUGCUGCAUCCUACUUAAUGAAUUAUGGAUUUCAUGCAUUAUUUUUCAGGAUUAUACUGCCUACCUCAUUGUAGACAGUUUGAUGCAUUUUACAUAGUAUCAGUUUGAUAUUAAACAUAAUUAAGAGCAUUUGGCUUCAAAACAAUAGUAAAUGGGUAGAAUUUAUUAUGGUUAUAGUAUUAUUUAUACAAAUAAUAAUACAACAUCAGUGACGUAGUGUCUAGUGGGCAUGACACCAUUAUAGAACACUUCUUAGCUAGGAUUUUGAUAAUAGCAUGCUAUAACUUUUGAAUAAAAAUAGUAAAUUGAAUAAUCACAAACAAGUAACAGUCUAAAGGGCUAGUAGGAUGUAUUUAGCUGCCUGACCAUUGUAUCAUUUGUGCAGCUAAAUCCAUUAGCUGUCCCUCUAGCAGGCACACAUACUAGUUAUUGCAGUGGAAGAAAAAUGACAUGAACUAAGGAAUUAAUGCCUUUGAGUAAUAUAAACAGAGCCUUCUGAAGGUUUUCUAUGAAAAAUAAUAUAAGGGGGGUGGAGCAAGAUGGCCG